AUGUGUGACCAAAUCCCAAAAUGGAACGUGGUUCACAAACUGGAGAAGAAGAAGCUUCUCAUCGGCAUCAACAGCGUCGCCGCGCUGUCGAUCCUGUUCUUCGGAUAUGACCAGGGAAUGAUGGCCGGAGUGAACAACUCCAAAGACUAUAUCGAUCUCAUGGGGUUUGGACACACCGUGAUGGUCGACGGCCAGCUUACCCCGGUGGUCACGAACAGUCUCCUGCAGGGGGGAAUCGUCUCGGUUUACUACCUGGGGACACUGUGUGGCGCCUUGCUGGGUGGCUGGAUCGGUGAUAAAAUCGGCAGAAUCAAGACCAUCGCUGCGGGUUCGGUUUGGGCAAUUCUGGGUGCGGCAUUGCAGUGCUCUGCGCAGAAUCAUAACUGGAUGAUUUGCUCCCGUUUCAUUAAUGGAAUCGGUACUGGAAUUCUGAAUGCGAUUGUGCCCGUAUGGGCGACGGAGACGGCCGAGCAUACAUCGCGCGGCCAGUUUAUUGCCAUUGAAUUCACAUUGAAUAUUUUCGGCGUGGUACUGGCCUACUGGCUGGAAUUUGGAUUGUCUUUCAUCGACGGCGGCCGAUCUCCCUUCCGGUGGAGGUUCCCAAUUGCAUUCCAGAUAAUCUUCCUGAUCUUGCUCUUCGUCGUGGUCUGGUUCUUCCCUGAAUCUCCACGAUGGUUGGUCAAGGUUGGUCGGGAGCAAGAGGCGCGGUAUAUCCUGGGUCGACUUCGUGGAAGCAGUGAAGAAGACACGAUCCGGGCUGAGGCUGAAUUCCGGGAUAUCCAGAAUGUUGCUGAGCUUGAAAAGUCCAUGAACCAUAGCACGUCCUACCUGGCGAUGUUGUUCGGGUACAAGACGGGAAAGCUGCAUUUGGGACGUCGCGUGCAGCUGGUUGUUUGGUUGCAGAUUAUGCAAGAGUGGGUGGGAAUUGCCGGAGUGACAGUUUAUGCUCCGACUAUAUUUAGUAUUGCUGGUUUCGACUCGAUGAAGAGUCAAUGGAUCAGCGGCCUGAACAACGUCUUCUACAUGUUCGCCACUUUAAUCUGUGUCUUCACUCUCGAUCGUAUCGGUCGUCGAUGGACUCUGUACUGGGGUUCUACAGCCCAGGGAAUCGCCAUGUUCCUAGCAGGAGGCUUCUCGCGACUUGCCAUCGACGCUCGGAACGAUGGAAACCUAUCCCGAGCGAAUUCAUUCGGCGCGGCAGCCGCAUCAAUGGUGUUCAUUUUCACUUCGGUAUUCGGAGCAACAUGGCUAACAGUACCAUGGAUUUACCCAGCUGAGAUCUACCCCCUGGCUGUACGAGCCCGUGGAAACGCCUGGGGCGUAGUAGGAUGGAGCAUUGGCAACGGGUGGCUGACCCUCCUAUGUCCAGUGAUGUUCGAAUCCAUCGGCGAGAAAACCCUAUAUGUCUUCGCAGCCAGCAACGUGAUCACCAUCCCGAUGGUAUGGGCUUUAUAUCCGGAGAGCAACCAACGGACGCUGGAGGAUAUGGACCUGCUGUUCGCGGCCGAUACACCAUGGGUAUGGGAUGCCGAGCGCACAUUUGCACGUCUCAAGGCCGAGAACCCGGGAUAUGUGGAAACAGCAACCCGGAAGAAUCGCGUGUUGGAUGCGGAGAUGGGGAAGCCGUUGAGUUUGGAACAUAUGGAGCAUGCAAAAUAG